CACCGCAACAGGAGCGGCGCGCAUCGACGAGACAGACUACACGCGGCGCGCCACUGCUGCAGUCGUCGGGGUAUCAUCCCGAGACGUCCGAGUGCAUCACAUCACAAGCGAUCGUAUUAAAUAUUAUUACCGAUUACCAUCAACGACGGCGCUCGUCAUACGCGCAUCAUCAACGGUACGAUAUGACCGAUUACGCUCAGGCUUCGGCGGCCGACCCGUCGUGGACGUGGUGGAUGACCACGGCCGCGGCGGCCGUCCGCUUGCGCAACCUCCAGCACCAUCACGGCGACGGGAGCGGCAGCUGCAGCGACGUGGACGACGAUUACGCCGGGCCCGGCGGCAAGCGGCAGCGGGUCGGCGACGUCAAGGACGGUUGUUGGCGUUUUGACCGAAACGACCGCGGCGGACUGCUACUGCGACAUCGGCUCGAGCCCGACGACACGGCGUCCGCGGGCCCGUUGGACUUGUCCGUGAAAGCCACUCUGACGACGACGGCGGCGGCGGCGGCGGCGGCGACAGCGACCGCGCGCGUGGUGGGCAAGCGGACUGGAUCCGACGGGUACCCGGCGGCCACGACACCGGAGAAACGGCCGACCGCAGCGGCGACGGCCAACCGCGGUAAAUCGUCGAAAAAGACGGCCGCUGGCGGCACGGCGGCAUCGACGACCGCGGUAAAAGCGGCCACGCGCAAACUGCUGCCGCAGCUCAUGCUCGACCGUCACGUGGACAGGUCGUCGCCGGUGUCCGGUACGAUCAUCGUGCCGGCAGCUCCCGAAGAACCGACGACGGCCGCCGGCCGAAAACGGCUGGCCUCGUCCUCGCCGUCCUUGUCGUCCUCGUCGUCGUUGUCGUCGCCUCCGUACUCGACGGCCGCCGACUGCGGUGGACAGGACGGUGACCCGCGCGACGACGAAUACGACGGUGGCGACAUCGACCCCGAAUUCAACGUAGUCGUGGCCACCGACGAGGCUCGUCGCCAGAUCGAGAGCAUUCCAAACGCGCUGGGCCCGUACCGGUGCCGGCUGUGCGGCGUCCGGUACGUCGAUGCCUUCGCGCUGGCGCGUCACCGGUGCCGGUGCAUCGUGCACGUCCGGUACACGUGUCCCGAAUGCGACAAGGUGUUUCAGUGUCCGGCCAACUUGGCGUCGCACCGCCGGUGGCACGGCACCGGAACAUCGGUGAAAACGACUGGCGCCGGCAAGAACGGCAAGACCGGCGAUAACAUCGGCGCCAAACCCGUCAAUGUCAUCGCUUCCAAUAUCGUCAGCGACGUUGCCGCCAUCGACGUCAACGACAGUGACGGUGGUGGCAGCAUGAUGACGGUGCCUGCAGUGACGUCCGCCUCGGGAUUCAAAAAGAACAUUUUGCAGCGGGCCGUGCAGGCGGCCGCGACUGCUGCAGCCGCCGGCAACGACAACAACAACAACGACGGCGACGACAACGACAAGAAGCAGUGCAACAACGACCGUGGUGACAUCGCCAAAUAAGCAACUGCUACGUCACCGUUAUGGGUAUAUGACAUUUAUUUAAAAGUGUAUAACAAUUUGGUAGGUAUAUAAUGUUAUUAAUCUUUUUUUACACACAUUGGUAUAAUUUUAGUGUUGAUAUAAUUACACAUAAUAACUUUUAAACAUCAUAGACCGCCGUCAUCCACACGUGCUCUAACUUGAUCAGUCUACGUCGUCGUGUUAGAGGUUAUAUUAUAAACCGGUCACAUUUUUAAUCGAAAAUGGUUUUAAACGAUUUAAAUAAGCAAUUUCUAUUAGAUGAUUUGAAUGUAAUAUAACUCUGUUUAGACACAAAAUGUCUAGAAAUAUUUCAAAAAAAAAAAAAAAAUACAUCGAGUAGUCAUAGCACAAUUC